AUGGCGUUACGCGGUAUCCGCGUUUAUGGUUCUUCCUCUUCUACCCAAAAUUCAGGCGAAUAUUCUGUUUUGUUGGAAGCUACUUUAAAUGAAAAAUAUAUUUUGUGUCAAUCUGGGGGAAUGGAUGAAAUAAGUAGAGAAUUGGCUAAUUUAUUAAAAUCUGGGGGAAGUUAUCAAAUGAUUUUGGAUGGAUUUGCUUCUCUUGGAAUUUUGCAGUUGGGGGCAGUAGAUGAUUAUCUUGUAUUAAUAACUGGUGUACUUUCUGUUGGGCAAAUUUAUACUUCUGACAUUUUUAAAAUUUCUAACGUAAAAUUUGUUUCACUUAUUCGAAGAGAAACUGAGCCGUCUGAUCAGAGAAUUAUUGAGCUUCAGAGGUUUCUCUCUUCUGGAAACUUUUAUUUUUCAAAUUCAACAGUUCGUGAUAAAACGUUCGAUUUGACUGUGUCAGCUCAAAGAAAACAGACGAGUGAGCAAAUGGAAGAUGAUUUUCGGUUUUUCUGGAACAGAAAUUUGUCUUUUCCAUUGGAAAGAUUUGGAAUCGACCCAAACGAUUGGAUUGUUCGUUGUCUAUGCGGUUCUGUUUUAAUUAGAACAAUUUAUUUGGGACAUAGAACUGCAAAGAUUAUGCUUAUAUCGAGACUAAGUUUUGAACAUGUUGGAACUCGUUUUAAUGUUAGAGGAAUUAAUGAUGAUGGAAACGUUGCCAAUUUUGUGGAAACAGAACAGAUUGUUACUUUUGAUAAACAAGAAUGUUCAUUUCUUCAAAUCAGAGGAUCGAUUCCCCUAUUUUGGGAACAACCAGGAAUUAAUGUGGGUGCACACACUGUGAAAAUGAAACCUUUGGAACUUUCAUUGGUUGCGUUAGAAAAACAUUUUAUCCAACUGAAACGAGUUUAUGGCAAAAUUUUGGUUGUUAAUUUGCUUGGAUCAAAAAAGGGUGAAUUUGCAUUGUCGACAGCAUUUCAGUCAGCAUUAAAAUCUUCUUCCCAUUUUGAUGUAAAAAUUGUUUCAUUUGAUUACCAUGCAGAAGUUAAACAAUCUAAAGAAAAUUUGAGAUUUUUGGUUAAACAAAUAAGCUCAUUCUUUGAUGAAAAUGAUUUCUUUUAUUUGGAUGAUGGAGUUGUUUUGAGAAAACAACACGGUGUAAUUAGGACCAAUUGUCUUGAUAAUCUUGACAGGACAAAUAGUGUACAGACGUUAAUCGGAAUCAGAGCACUUUUUAAUCAAUUAACUUGCCUUGGUGUAGAAAAAUUUAAAUCAAAUAUAAUUUUGAGAUGUGAAGAAUUGGUUAGGGAUAUGUGGCAAAAGAAUGGGGAUCAAUGCAGUUUAAUUUAUGCUGGAACGGGGGCUUUGGAAGGAAAAUCGAAGUUGAGAGAUGCAAGUCGUUCAAUAGUUCGAACAAUUCAAAAUAAUUUGAUGGAUUCUUCAAAACAAGAAGCUUUUGAUUUAAUUUUGUAUGGACAUUUACUUGCUGAUUCUAAUUUUGUUAAAAUUUCACAAAUAUUUCCUUCUUCGUUAUUGAAAGAAUGCCCAAAUUUGGAAGCUUUUGUUGAAAGAGAAAAAGAAUUUUGUGUUCAAAUACCUUUAAAUAUUUUUUGUGGAACUUGGAAUGUUAAUGGAGGGAAGAAUUUGAAUAAUGUUGCUUUUAAAGGGGGAAAUUUGCUAAAUUCUUGGAUUUUUCCUGAAAAUUUGUUUAAUAAAGAAGCUUUAAAUUAUGAUUUGAUAGCAAUUGGUUUUGAAGAAAUUGUUGAUUUAAAUACAAAUAAUUUGGUUAAAGCAAGCACUACAAAUCAAAGAAUAUGGCGUGAUGGAUUAAAACAAACUAUUGAAAUUUGGCAAAAAAAUAAUUUUGGGUCAAAUGCUGAAAAUUUUGUUGUUUUGUGUUGUGAACAAUUGGUUGGUGUCUGUUUAAUCCUUUUUGCUCGUUCCUCCCUUUUAAAUUCAAUAAAAGAUUUGGCUAUAGAGGAAAUUAAAACUGGAAUGGGGGGAACUACAGGAAAUAAAGGCUCUAUAGCUGUCCGUUUAACAAUAAAUUCAACUGGAAUUUGUUUUGCUUGUUCCCAUUUUGCUGCUGGACAAAAUGAAAUUGCUGCUAGAAAUGCUGAUUUUCAUUCGGCUUUGAAAAGAUUAAAAUUUCCUAUGGGUCGAGGCUUACAAGAUCACGAUGUUGUUUUUUGGUUGGGUGAUUUUAAUUAUCGAAUAUCUCUUUCAGGUGAUGAAGUAAAAAGAGCAAUUAAUUUAAACAAUUUUGAAUAUAUUGCUGAAUAUGACCAAUUGUUACAACAAAAAAAUAUGGGAAAUGCUUUUACAAAUUUCAAUGAAGGCCAACUUAAUUUUCCUCCAACUUAUAAAUAUGAUACUUUUAGUGAUGAUUAUGAUACUUCAGAUAAAACCCCAGCAUGGACAGAUCGUGUUCUUUGGAUGGAUAAAAAUAAUUUGGUUCAGUUAAUACAUUAUGGCCGUUCAGAAUUAAAAACUUCAGAUCACCGUCCAGUAUAUGCAAUAUUUCAAUUAAAUUCUUUAAAAUUUGAUUUUGACAAGGCUGAGCCGAUAAUUCGGGAUAUUAUUUGUUCUAUUGGCCCUCCACACUCCUGUGUUCAAUGCUUUAUUUCUAACAAUUCUCUUAAUGUGUUCCCAAAACAAUUGUGCAAUGAAAUUUUUAUGAAGCUUUGUGAACUUGGCAGUGUUCCUAAACUUUCAAAAUUAGAAGGACAAUAUUUAUUUAUCAUUUUCAAAACUGGAUUAGAUGCUUUAGCAGCAUUAAGUAUGGAUGGAAUAAAUUUAUCAACAGGGCAAGAAUUGAAAGUUGAACUUAAAAAUGAAGGAAGAGGAGGGAAAGGGGGAAUUGAAUGGUCCGAAAAAAUAAUUGAAAGUGUCAACAAAGCUUUGGAAAAAGCAAAAAAAGAAGAAAAAGAAUAUUUAAUUAAUAAAAAAAUAAAUAAUGAUAAUAAUAAAUUGUUGGAUGGAGAAGAAAUUUUAAUUGAUGAUGAGGAUGAUUUGGCUGGUGAAGGGAUGAUGAUACCGAUACCGGCUCGGUAUUGA